AAAAAAAAAAAAAAAGGUCUCUCUGCACUCUCACAGUUAUUUUUUAAUCCCGCUUAAAAUAAACCUUUAAAAUUUUUUUCCCAAUGUUCCUUCCUAUUUACCCUCAGUUUCAAUAACCAAACAUCCAGUGUUUCUCUCUUUGUUUUCAAUCUCUCUCUCUUACUUCUAUUUAGUCCGAUAAAUUCGCUACUUCGGGCAACAAAAUUUGGAAUCCAAAAAUCUAACUGAACGAUGAGACGGGAUAAUUGGAAUCCUAAUUCCCUGUUUGGCUCUUCAUUUUUUCUCUAAAUGCUCUGUUAUAUGAAGCCUCCUUGGCUACCUCCGUUUUGUCCCGGUAUUUUUUUUGAACCCUAAUUCAGAUUCAAUCCCCAUUUUAUUUUUUUCAAAAUAAAAUAGUUAUUUUUCUCCUGUGUUUGAAAAUAGGAGGUUUUUUUUUUUUUUUAAAUUUGUUUUUGUAAUUCCGUGUUUGGUGCGUUUCUGUUUCUUUUUUUUUUUUUUUUCGCAAUCUCCGUAGGAAAAAUCGCGUUUUUGUUAUAAGGUUUUUUUUGCUAAGUCUUUUAUUUCAUACUAAUUUUUGUGGGUUUCUGGUUUUGCCUGUUUUUGGAAUAUCGGUUAAAACUGAUGGUGAUUUUCGUCGUGUCUUGUCUCGGUUAAGAUCUCUGGGAUUUCACAAGGUCAUUUUCCAAUCAAUCUUAGAUUCUUUUUUUUUUUUUUUUCCUUUAACAGUACUCUUUUGACUUAACCGUUUCUUUACUUCUAUUGAGAAUCUUCAAUUAUCACUUGUUUGAUGAGGUGUCCAAAUCAAAUUGUUUGUUCUGCCUUAAAACCAAUCAUAAUUGUUUGUUCCUUACUGGAAAUCUUCUUUUCGAGUUCCGUCUUACGGUGUUUGAUGAAAUGUCUAGAUUAAAAUCAAAAUUCUGCAUUUUUUUCCUUCCAUACAUAUUUUUAUUUGCCUUUGUUUCGAAUUUGCAACGAUGACCAGAUCAAUAGUUUAUUCAAGAAUGCUCAUUUUGCCAAGUGUAUUUGAUUUAUGUGGAGGUCUUUUCCUUAUCCAUUUCAUGUAUGCAAUCUUUUAUUUUUAAUCCUACGCGUAUGUUAGAUAGGAAAUAUUUGAAAAUUGUAUUUUUUUCUGAAUAAUAUGUCUAUUGUUUAUAUAACAAAAAUGAACUAUUGAACUGAGAUUGAUAAGUCAUUUGCUUUGUUGAGGUGCAUCUUUUGAGGAAAAUUGAAAUACAUAAAGCUUGAUUUGGUUGCAAUGCAACAAAAGAUGUGUGGAGAAAUUUUUUUAUUGGUAUUCUUGAUGCAUGGUUGGUAACGAAUUUUUGUGUCAAAGAGAAAGAAAAUGAAUUUUCCAGAUUGUUAUGUUAGUUCAGGGGAUAAAACUUUGAAGUUACCAAUGUAGUUUGAACUUUGUGUGGUGUUUUGAAAUAAUUUUUAGUGGUUAGUUUGUAACCUAUCUAACUCUUUUCUGUUUUCCUCUUGCAUUUCAAUUGAUAUAGAUUUGCAUUUUAGUGGUUUCCUGCAGUGAGUGCUAAAUUAUGGAAAUUUCUGAGGUUGAGGAGAACCUAUUUGCAGCUAGUGAUGCAAAGUUACAUGGAGAAAUGUGCAAGGCACUUUCAGCAAUUUAUUGCAAAGUCUUGUUGAUAUUCCCUUCCUUGGAAGCAGCACGGCCUAGGAGCAAAUCUGGCAUUCAGGCUCUGUGCUCAUUGCAUAUAGCUCUAGAGAAGGCCAAAAAUAUUCUUCAACAUUGUUCAACAUGUAGUAAACUUUACUUGGCUAUUACUGGAGAUUCUGUACUUUUAAAAUUUGAGAAGGCAAAAUAUGCUCUUAUUGAUAGUCUUAGGCGUGUAGAAGAUAUAGUUCCACAGUCCAUUGCAUGUCAGAUUUUAGAGAUUGUAAGUGAACUUGAGGGGACUGUUUUCUCACUUGAUCCAUCUGAGAAGCAAGUUGGUGAUGAAAUAGUUACAUUACUCCAGCAUGGGAGAAAAUUUGAUGACUGUAAUGACAACAAUGAGCUUGAGUCUUUUCACCAGGCUGCUAUUAUACUUGGUAUCACUUCUUCUAGAGCAGCCCUAACUGAAAGAAGGGCUCUCAAGAAGCUGAUAGAAAGAGCCUGUGCAGAGGAGGACAAGAGGAAGGAAUCUAUCGUAGCUUAUCUUUUACAUCUCAUGAGAAAAUACUCCAAGUUAUUUCGCAGUGAGGUUUCAGAUGAUAAUGACUCACAGGGUUCAACACCUUGUUCCCCCACUGUUCUGGGUUCUAUUGAGGAUGGAGGGGCUGGUGGUAUUGGCCACGCAUUUGAGCCGCAGCUAUCAAAGCUCAGUUCUUUCAAUUUCAAGCCAAAUAUUAGGAGAUCUGGGCAGAUACCCCUUCCACCUGAAGAAUUACGAUGUCCAAUAUCAUUGCAGCUUAUGUAUGAUCCAGUCAUAAUUGCAUCUGGACAGACUUAUGAAAGGAUCUGCAUUGAGAAAUGGUUUAGUGAUGGUCAUGACACCUGCCCAAAGACUCAACAGAAGCUCCCACAUCUCUCUUUGACUCCUAAUUACUGUGUUAAGGGUCUCAUUGCUAGUUGGUGUGAACAGAAUGGAGUUCCUAUUCCUGAUUGUCCCCCAGAGUCUCUUGAUCUUAACUACUGGAGACUGGCCUUGUCUGAGUCUGAGACUGCUAAUUCUAGAUCAAUGGAUAAUAUUGGUUCAUGCAACUUAAAGCGGGCUAAGGUGGUUCCUUUAAAGGAGAGUGGUGCCAUUGAGGUAGUAGAAGGAAAUGAAGCUGAAAAUGAACCUCCAUCUCCUCGGGAGGAAGUUUCAGAGCUUAAUGUGCUAGAAAGAUAUCAGGAUUUCUUAUCUGUCCUGAAUGAAGGAGAGAACUUGAGGAAAAGGUGCAAAGUUGUGGAACAAAUAAGGCUUUUGCUGAAAGAUGACGAGGAGGCCAGGAUUUUUAUGGGGGCUAAUGGCUUUGUUGAAGGAUUAUUGCAAUUUCUAGAGUCAGCUGUGCGUGAAGGGAAUGCAAUGGCUCAGGAAAUUGGGGCAAUGGCUCUCUUUAACCUUGCUGUCAACAAUAACAGAAACAAAGAAUUGAUGUUAGCAGCUGGAGUGAUUUUAUUGCUGGAGGAUAUGCUUUCCAACUCCAAUGCAUAUGAAUCAGCAACUGCUCUCUAUCUUAAUCUAUCUUGCCUUGAGCAAGCCAAGUCUAUCAUAGGCUCAAGUAAGGCUGUCCCAUUUUUAGUCCAGCUACUUGGAAGUGAAACUGAUUCACAAUGCAAGCUUGAUGCCCUUCACACUCUUUAUAAUCUUUCUACUGUGCGCUUCAAUAUUCCUAGCCUUCUUUCUGCUGGCAUAGUUAAUGGCCUCCAGUCACUUGUGGUCUCGGGUGACCAUGUCUGGACGGAGAAAUCCAUUGCAAUUUUGCUAAAUUUAGCUUCAAGUCAAGCAGGAAAAGAAGAGAUGGUAUCAGCUGCUGGUCUUAUAAGUUGUCUGGCAUCAGUUUUGGAUGCUGGCGAAUCGAUUGAGCAAGAGCAGGCUGUUUCAUGCCUUCUACUCCUUUGUAAUGGAAAUGAGAAAUGUAGUCAAAUGGUCCUACAAGAAGGCGUGAUUCCUGCAUUGGUGUCAAUUCAAGUAAAUGGAACAACAAGAGGGAGGGAGAAGUCGCAAAAACUUCUGAUGCUUUUUCGGGAGCAGCGGCAACGGGAUCAUCCGCCUGCAGACAUACACCAGAGAGAAGAAAGCAAUCGAGAUCCCAUGCCUGCUGCAUCCUCAGCUCAAGAAUCCAGGCCAUUGUGUAAAUCGGUAUCAAGAAGAAAAAUGGGGAAAGCCUUGAGCUUUCUAUGGAAGAGCAAGAGCUACUCCAUGUACCAGUGUUAAAGCGUGGCAAGCUAUUGUAAAUUUCCGUUGUAUCUUCUUUUCUAUUUCUCAUGCCCAGUUCCAAUGGACAGUAUUUAACUUUUUGGUUAUCAUAGAGAAGCAGAAAUGUACAGGCCCUCUGUAAUCUAUGGAUUUUUGCGUCUUCUCCACUUCUGGGUAGGAAUACAUGUACCAUGUAAGUCAUAAUUAAGGGUUAGGUUCAUCUUCAAAAAAACCAGGCAGUUGCUCCACGUGAAUAGUUAUGUGUUACACGCCAACAACCAACGGAAAUUAUUCUGAAGCACAGACUUAAGAUAGUACAAUUCACAGAUACUGGCUCAUGUCUCAACUAUAGCAUCCUACAUAUCGUCAGGCGGUGCUGGUUAGUGGCGACACACCUGACAUCCAAAUAUGGAAAUAACCUUUUUGUUUUAGUGACUAAAAGUAAAAAAACAAAAUGCAGUAAUCUCUCUUUGAUAAAAAAGCUCUUGAAAUAUUUAAAAUAAU